AUGUCAGAAAGCUUUGAGACACCAUCAAAUAAAAGCGUCAUAGGCUGGAUUACGAUUAAUAAUGCACCCGCCUUACCAAAUCAGCCAUUUAAGUCAAGAUGUAAAAAAAUCAACCCUUUAGUAUUUUUAAAACUGCACAAUAAUUUAAGAAAAUCCCAAGGACUUACAUCUGAUAAAAUUGAGAUUAUUGAAAAAACUUUUAAGCAAAAAGAAAUUUUCUUAAAAAUAAUAGAAAAUUUAGUAGUAUGCGAAUUUAAAGGAAAAAGGAAUUAUUAG